GUUCACUUACAUUGAACGAAGUGUUUCAGCAACUAAAAGAUUUCCCAAGUAACCAAAAAGGGAGAUUUGUGGAUAACGUUGGGCAAAUAUUGAAGAAAAAGUUCUAAUUCUGGAGAAAAUUUAAAUUUUCGCUGUAGGUGUGAAUCAUGAUCGUGACCAAAAGCAUUGAGCGUCUUGCUGUGAAUAAACAACCCCUACAAUUGCAUUUCAUUGGGUUCAUUGAAACCAUUUUAUUUUUAGGAUCUAAUACGAUCUUCAAGGAAGCGGGUACAACCGCAUGUUGCCAAUCGACAUUAGCUGAAAAACAAUUAAAAUGUCUACACUAAAAAAGAGAGCUGACACACUUAAAUGAUUUUUAACGUUAUUUUUGGCUUUCAUACGUCAACAGACCACUUAAUUGUGCGAACACUAACAACUCAUGCAAGCUAACACGUACUCCAGAUACAGGAUGCCGGGUUCGAACCAAGCCAUUCAAGGUCGUGGAGGCAGGUUUGAUCCCAUGGUUUCCAGCAUAGUCCUGGAAGGAUGUGGUAAUUUUAGGGUGAAGAUAGCGCUUAGUCUAAUCAGCUGUAAAAAACUUGUUUUAAAACGUAUUCGCCACAAAAACGAUAGUCCAGGAGUGGAUGAUGCUGAGGUGUGCUUACUGAAGCUUGCUGAUAAAAUAUCUAAUGGAACAGUAAUAAAAAUAAAUGAUACAGGUACUAUUGUGUCUGUUUCCCCAGGGACUCUGAUUGGAGGCAGUUUUAGUUUCGAAUGUUCAAAUAGUCGUGGUAUCGGUUAUUAUUUGGAAUUCCUACUCAUGGUUGCACCGUUUUGUAAAACUCCUAUUGAAUCAACUUUGGUCGGGGUUUCGAAUGUUCCCCAUGAUCCGUCUGUAGACAUGAUCACACAGUCGUGGUUACCUACCUACCGCAUCUCUGUUGGUUUAAGUGCUGGCGCCUCAACAAAAAUCGAUAUUCAGAAACGUGGUGUAUAUCCUGGUGGCGGGGGUGAAGUAUUGUUCUCUUCCAGGCCUUGUAGUGGUGUUGUUCCAAUUGACAAGAUUGAUGUUGGAAAAGUUUAUAGAGUUCGUGGUAUUGCAUGGAGCUGUCGUGUAAGCUCUUCAUACGGACAAUCCUUAGUGUCUGGUGCGAAAUCAGUUCUCAAUCAAUUUCUAAGUGAUGUAUACUUUACAAUAGAUCAUCGAAAGGGUCAAUAUGCAGGCAAAAGCCCUGGAUUUGGUCUGACUCUAUGGGCGGAACGUAAAGACGGUGGUGUAUAUUCUGCAGAAGCGAUGUCGGAACCUGAAGGGAGUGAUAACGUUCUUAUGGAUGCAGAAACGAUAGGAAAAUUAGCAGCAAACCGACUAUUAGAUCAGGUAUUCAUUUAGUAUAACCUUGCUUUCAAUGUUACUCAUCUCAGUAGGUUGAAUUGACAUUUUUUUGUCAUUCAUGAAGUCGAGAAACUCACUAUUUGAACUCAAAAAUUUUCAUGUAUCUAACCAGUAGACUAUGCACUUGGAAUAGUUACUACUUUCUGUAAGCAUUCUAUUUCCAAGGUGGAUUAGCUUCCAUAAAAAUUUUGAAAUCUAUGUAUCUUAUAACGUAACCCUUUUAAAUGAUAAAAAAAUUAUCACUUGAAUGAAUGCCUAGUCUGUUUAUUAUCUGGUUUUUGUCACUAAGUAAUAUCAGACAAAACACCAAGGCCGAAAUCUCCAACCUAAUAGUAUGCAUUCGUAUUUUCUUAAAGAGUGUUCUUACCAACGAUUGACAGGUUAUACUAUUCUAUGGUUGAUUAUAAUAAAAUUCGACGUACUUGACCACAACCUUUUUAGCUAUCUAAGCAUCAAAGAACACUGGAAAUCUUUGAAUCAAUGAAUUCAAUGAUAGUAUGGUAAAAUGUCACAAAUGUUUGUGUUAUUCAACCUCAAAUUGUCGUAAUGUUACUAAAUAUUGGUAACAAAAAUGUUGAAAAACUAGAGAUUGUCUAACUAAAUCUAGCUUGAUUAAUUAUUCACCAGGUCGGAUAUUGGAAAUCCAACUGAUCGGAAUCCUUGGGUUAAAAUCUUGGUGUAUUGUAAAUUCAAAACAUAAUAUUACGAAGCAUGAGAAGAAUCAAGGACUCUAUAGCAUAAAUGUAAUUGAAUGUCAUCGAAUAUUUGAACUAACUCUUCAAUAGCUCAUUUUGGAGAAUCGGAAACAAACUUUAUAGCUUAAAUCAUCUUUCUCAAGAUUUAUGAUAGCUUUUUUACGUAAACCUUGUUUAUAAUUCUCUGAGGAAUGUUUUCAAUCCUUUUACGUAUUUUAUUGAUCAUUACGAAUUCUCCAAUUGAGUCACUAUAGAUUUUACAUCAUUAUUUACCCAUAUUGUUUAUUCUGAAUUAUAUGAAAAUAAACAUAGACGUAGUUAGGUCAAAUUUCUUCCUUUCAGCCUAGUAGCUUCAUGUAGUUAACGUUUUACUAAUGUAGUCAGUCAUAUCAGCAUGGAGCUUGGGUUGGCCUAGGUUGCGAUACUAUAUUAGCAUGAUGAGAUGAAGUUAACAAGAUAAAUGGGAAAGGAGUCGAAAUAACGUUGUACCGACUAUAGCGUUGUGAAUAUAGUUUGAAUAGGCUGUGAAUAGGUUUAUCUGAAAGAAUACUGGGACUCAAGAUUUAGAGAAAGAGUAAAUACAUUUACGCCAUGGUGAUUAACAUAUAGAAUAAGCGCAGUUUUCAAAGGAACGGGGAACAAUAAAAAUUUAAUCAGAUGUUGUUUGUUGCUAACAAUUUAAGUACAUAUGCAUCGCGAUCGACCUUGUUUUAUGAAUUAUGUACUCAAUUGGUUCAUCAAUCACCUUCAUGUUACCUAUCUCAUUAGUUGUUAACAAAAAUGAACUUCUCAAUAUUUCCCGAUAUUAUCAUUUCCGCUUUUUAGGCUUUUACAUCUAUCCAGUUGGAUUCUUAACCACAGUUUGUAUAAUAUAAUUUCUUAUGUAUCCACUUAUCAUUGUCUGUACAGAACGACUGUAGCGAUUUAAUAAAGUUCAUUCAUUAACCUGUGUUCAAACAAUUCACCGAAGCAGUCAUUUAAUACAAACUGUUCUGUGAAUUAUCUUUUACAAUCGUGUUUGAUUUUGUGACUUCUCAACUCAAGUAUAAGUACUGUCUUCUUGUAACCCAUUUAGCUACAAUGAAUCCACUUUAUUUGAGGUGACUGAUUUUAUUUUUUUAGAUAUCUGAUCCAUAUAAGAAGACAACUAGUUUCUUCAUAAUAUCUCCCAAAAUGCAAGAGUGAUCCUUCAUUCAAUGUAAAAUAAAGCAUUCCUCCAUUUUCAAACAAAAUACUAUGCAGCGGAAUUCGUAGUUAGCGAUAGUUAAUCAUCAAUUUCUCUCAGUAUCCUUAAGAUUAGUCCAACAGUCAUGAUGAGGGGCGAAUACCUUAACCUUGAAGUCACUCUCUGAGAAAUCUAAGUUAUCAAUUAAAGUUAGGAAUUCACUAUUACUUUGAAUGGUUUAAAUUCGAUACAAACUAGGAUAAGUCGUUUAAGAUGUCUUUUUUGGGGUAUUAUUGGAAAUUAUAUAUUACUUCCCCAUUUAGUCGAAUAAUACAUGUCUACACAUCCCGCAUAAGUGUCAGAUCAUUUUCAAUUAUUUACCAAAGAUUAUAGUGCAUAUACCACGUUGUUAUUUUUUGAAUGUGCAAGAUAUACAGAGGGGGCUUCAUUGAUUCGGGAACCCAGUCGUUGGCUUUCGUUUUAAUGGCUUGUGAAAGUGGACGUAAUGCUAGCCGUCUGGCUGUCGGAAACCUGUCCGAAUAUUCUGUUUGUACAUUAAGACUCAUUCAAAAAUUCCUUGGAGUAAGUCAUUUAAUUAAAAUUCUGUUGUAGUAGUAAAUUGCUGCAUAUUACAGAUUCACGUUUAUCGUGACAUGAACUUAAAAGAGUCACAUUAGUUCAACUUCGGUACCGUUAACAUAUACUAACGCUUUGACAUGUAAAGUCUAAAUAGACGAAAAACUAAUAUUAGGAGUUUCACAAUUUACCUCAUGGACUGGUCUUAUUUAAUUAACUACCAAGAGUCCUGGCGAGAAGUCGUAACUAGUGGAGCUUAUCCUUGUCAGAUGUGAGGCAGUUACCCACCUAAGUUAAUGGAAAAUAAUCACACAAUAUCGUGGAUUGGUUGAAGUCAAACAUAACACCGUUGGAUGCCCGCCCAGUGGUCUGGAGGUUAAUUAUUCGCGCACGAGACCGAAGGUCCUGCCUUCGGAUCUUGCGUGCUAAGUCGAUUCAUAAUUUCAAACAGUACUCAACAACUCUACACUGAUAACUACUAAGAACCGGAAAGCAUUGGAUAGCCGUUCCAUCCUGAAAUGGGACUCUUGAGCAGCGAGUAUACACAACCAUACUGGGAAUCAAAUCCAUAGCUUUCAGGUCUCGUGGUGACCACUUAAGCAUUAGAACUACUGAGUUUGCAUGGUAUAAUAGCAACUCCAAUCAGUUUCCAAAAUGGAGCGGCUAUCAUCCAAUUCUACCGGUUACAACUGUUGGAAAUCUCCUUAAUCCUUAUAUACUGAUAAUAUUCAUUUUCUCACUAGUGACUAGUUUUGGAAUAUGACUCCCGGAGUUUUUGGUGAAAAGUUAUGGCCAAUCGAGUUCAGCCAUGUUAGGUGUCAGACAGUUACCCACCGGUGAUAGUAUGGGGUGAUUGUGGAAUAUUAUGAAUUCGUUAAAGUUAGAAGGAUAAACCACUGGAUGUCGACUCUUUCGUCAAGCUUAGACACUCGCUGCCACAACUGAACAUCUUGGUUUCGAUCUUCAGAGGUGGGUCAUGAAUAUAGACUAUCGAAUGGUUUCAUACUAGGGCAAAAUAACUGUUCAGUACUUCCUUGUUCUCAGUGUCUGGCUUAAUGAAAUCAGUCCAUGGUAUGAACUAUUAAGUCCAGUCAUUUUCGCAAUACCCUAUAAGUAGUGUGAUGAGAUAUCCGUCAUUUGCAACUUUUGGGAAAUAUUUAGAUUGAACGAAACUUCGUUUGAAAGUAAUCCUACCAAGAAGACAUAUUUAUGAAACGGUGUCAACUCAAGCCGGUAGGAAUUGUGUUACGUGUUUUCUAUCAUGCUUCCUUUUUAAAUAUAAUGUUUGCAAAGAUCAUUAGUUGGUUUAAUAGAUUCCAGAAAACUUGUUGCUUGGGGUUCGUCAGUUAAUACAAAAAAAUGUUACCUUUGAUAAACAGAAAUUACAGGAGUACAUUUUUUUUAACUUUUAAAAUAACUUACUGAAUUGUGAUAGCUUAUUUCUACUUUUUGAUGUCUGUUUUUUGACGUAUUGAAACAAUAUAUUCUUCGUAUUAUAUCGUUAAGAUUCUUAGUCUUCAUCUAUAUUUUUCUGUUGUUUAUAUCUUAGACUGAUUGAUAAAGUUAUUUUUUGUACUCUUCCUUUCAAAUGAUUGUUAAAUUUCAUCUUUGUAUUGGUAGUUUACAUACGAUAGCAGCACACGUUUUGAUGUUCUACUCCAUUCAAACUUUGUUUUCCCUUUGUAACUACAAUUUCUUAUUUACUGCAUAUUGUGUCGUUUCUUAGAUGUUUCUUAUAUCUUUCUGAUGGUAGAAGUCGUAGAGAAUAUGGACUUAUGUGAAAAUGAUAUUAUUUGAACUAGUCAAAAUGGUGAAAGUUAUUAAACUGAACUCUAAUUCAUAAAUAAAUGGAUGAAAAACUGUUGAAUAUUUAAGAUAAAAUAAUUCGUCAUUCAGUCAGAUUUCAUAUUAAUAUUUUUUCUCUGUUUUAGGUAACAUUUAAUUUUCAGUACCAAAGCCAAGAUAAUACUAUCAAAUUAUCUGAAGAGAAUGUGGAAGAGAACGAAAAUGAGACUGAUAUAGAUUCUAAUUCAAAAAUGCUUAUUGCUACUUGUUUCGGUGCUGGUGUACAAAAUAUUAAUAAAUCUAUUAGAUAAUAUUUGAC